UAAAAAUACAACAAAUAUUCUUGUAAAGUCAAGUGAGCCAUGACAUAUGAGCUCCCUUUGUUAGCACACAGGACCUUUAGUAGAGGUCUUUAGUAGAUCUUUAGUAGAUAGAUUAUUUUUUUAUUUUCCCCAGCAAUCAGUACAAAUUAGCAUCGUUAUAAGGCACCACCCCCUUUUGUCCACCCCCCAGUGCCAGGUGUGGCCACUGGCCUAUAUAAAGGCCCAAAAUGGUGUGUUCCUUUCUGCUCUGACAAUGGCGUGCCCAUUCUUGAGAGAUGUGGUGGAUGAAGAAGCACUUGUGCUCAGGAGAGCCUUCAGGCGAGAAAGGGUCUUCAGGGACCGGUUGGACCCACUGGCCUUCCCUGAUGACCAUCUAUAUGAAAGAUACAGGUUUUCUGCAGAUGGCAUCAGGUAUCUGUGCAGACUGCUGGGUCCCAGGAUUAAGCACCGCACAGCAUGGAGCCAUGCACUGAGUGUGGAGCAAAUGGUUUGUGUGGCCUUGCGCUUUUUUGCAAGUGGAGCCUUCCUGUACUCAGUGGGGGAUGCAGAACAGCUGAACAAGGCCACAAUUUGCCGCACAAUAAGGAGUGUGUGUCUGGCUAUCAAUGCUUUAGCAGAUGUCUUCAUCUCCUUCCCUGGCCACAGAAGACUCUGUGACAUCAAAGAGGAGUUCUAUAGGAUUGCAGGUUUCCCCAAUGUCAUUGGUGCAGUGGACUGCACACAUAUAAGAAUAAAGGCCCCCUCAGGUGCCCAUGAGGCAGAUUUUGUGAAUAGGAAAUCCUUUCACAGCAUUAAUGUUCAGAUGGUCUGCAAUGCUGACUGUGUGAUCAGCAAUGUUGUGGCAAAAUGGCCUGGCUCAGUCCAUGACUCCAGAAUCUUUCGGGCCUCUGAAAUCUAUCAGUGCCUAUCACAAGGUGAAUUCUCUGGUGUGUUGCUGGGAGACAGGGGGUAUGGCUGCCAGCCUUUUCUCCUGACACCUUUUACAGACCCCCAGGAAGCACAGCAGGCUUACAACUAUGCCCAUGCCAGGACCAGGGCCAGAGUUGAAAUGACUUUUGGCCUCCUGAAGGCACGCUUUCACUGCCUUCACAAAUUAAGGGUCAGUCCUGUAAGGGCAUGUGAAAUCACUGUGGCUUGUGCUGUCCUUCAUAAUGUGGCCUGCCUAAGGAAGGAGAGGGCCCCCAGAGUGCCGCCAGCCAUGGACUGGGACAAUCCGGCGAUCUUCCCUGAUGACGACAGUGGUCGGCUGCUGAGGGAUCAAUAUGUGUUAAAUUAUUUUAGUUAGUAUGUGUGCUUUCAAUUUUGGUUAUGUCCUGUGGUGGCAGAGGAAAAAUGUUUUUUUUUUUUUGGUUCCUUUUUAUUGAUUUGGCCUCUUGAUAUUUGUGCUGUAUACUGUGUAUAAUGGUUGUAAGACAAGUUUGCAGGGAGACUACUGCAUCCGUUAAUUUGCCUGUUCAGUUGACGUGCAUGGAUUUGUCCUGCAUUUAUUUCAGUUUGCAGACAUGAAGGGUGUGUUAUACAGACCUUUUGAAUGUGUAUUUCUCCUUUGGUUGUAUAAUAUGCUUUGAUUCUGUG